GUGCGCCUGAACGGUUGCCCUUUGCACACCGUGAAACCCGACAUUCUCCGGGUCAAGGUCUACGAGCCUCUCCUCCUCCUGGGCAAGGACCGCUGCAGCAAGGUGGACAUCCGCCUGCGAGUAAAAGGAGGAGGUUUCACUGGGCAGAUCUAUGCACUGCGACAGGCCAUCGCAAAGGGCAUCGUGGCAUACUACCAGAAGUACAUCGAUGAG